ACUUCACUUAAAACAAUUUAUAAGCGUAAAAUCUGUUCAGCCAACGGCUACUUCACUUUCGGGGGAGAAAAAUUUUCUAUGUGGCAAGAAAGUGGCUUGGCACCGCCAGGCCUUCAAAAGCAGUACUCUGGCGGCGCCAGGCCCCGUCAGACCUCGACUAGCCAACUAUGGAAAUAACAUUACAAAUAUUAUAAAUAUUACUAUAGCAGUUCAUCAUGACAUGGAUUGCAGAAUUAUUGUAUUCCAACAUGGAAUUUUCAACUUUGGCUUCCAAAUUAUUUAUUUUACAAAUGUGCUUUAUAUUUCCACCUGCACUCGGAAUUACUAAUAAAAAUAUUCCACUGGUAGUAAUUACAUGGGAUUAUUUACAAGCAUCUCAAAAAGCAUGGCAGACGAUAUACCAUGAGAAAAGAAGUUCUUUGGAUACUAUUGAGGAAAGCUGUAGCUUAUGCGAAAGUCUUCAAUGUCGAACAACAGUAGGAUUUGGUGGUAGUCCUGAUGAAAGAGGGGAAACUACAUUGGAUGCUGUUAUCAUGGAUGGAAUUACAAUGGACGUUGGUGGAGUUGGUUUACUAAGAAAUGUAAAGAAUGCCAUGUCCGUUGCUCGUAAAGUUUUAGAAAAUACAGGCCACUCUUUACUAGCUGGAGAACUCGCUGGAGAAUUCGCAGUGCAAAUGGGAUUCAAAAAUGAGUCAUUAGAAACAAAUUCUUCACAGGAGAUGUGGCAGAAAUGGAAAAAUAAUAAUUGUCAGCCUAAUUUUUGGAAAAAUGUUGUUCCAGAUCCUUCCAAAUCGUGUGGGCCAUAUGCACCAAAGAGUAGGAAAAAUUAUUCUGAAAAGAAAACCAAUUUACCUGUUUGGAAUGAACAAAACCAUGACACAAUUGGUGUUCUUGCAAUCGAUCUUAAAGGCCAUAUAGCUGCUGGAACUUCCACAAAUGGUGCAAAAUACAAAAUUCCUGGACGAGUUGGAGAUUCGCCAAUUGCAGGAGCUGGUGCUUAUGCUGAUCAGGACGUUGGAGCGGCCGCAGGAACUGGCGCUGGAGAUAUUAUGAUGCGCUUUUUGCCCAGUUUCCUAGCAGUGGAAGAAAUGCGUCGAGGGGCAACGCCAAAAGAAGCUGCAACAACCGCAGUUCGACGAAUCGCAAAGCAUUAUCCAGAAUUUGCGGGAGCUGUAAUUGCAAUAGAUAAGAAUGGCACAUUUGGAGCGGCAUGCAACGGGCUUCCUGAUGGUUUUCCUCACUACGUGGUCAAUUUGGAACUGGGCGAACCAACUCUUUUUCGUGAGACAUGCAUUAAACCAUGCAAGAUAGGUGGUGAUUGUUUCUGAAAGACGUCGGAUUCUUAUACUUUUGCACUAUAAAUAUUGCGAUUUACUCAGAUUAUACAAAAAUGAGACGCGUUUCUCAAUUUGAAUUAUUUUUAUUGUAAUACCAUUUGCAAAUGUAAAUAAUUGAAUAUACAGUACAGUUUAAUUA